AAAAACUUAAAAAUGCGAAUAUACAACUUUCUCUCCAAAAAAGUGGGCGAAUUAACAAUUAAAUACUCCAACUUACCAGAAUCGUAUAUCAAAAGAAGUUACGAACAAGUGUACUGGAAGAAUCCCAAGGGCUAUCCUCAGUACCCAGCAGCACAGAUAGCCCGCAAGAAUUAUCGUUUCACCACAAAUAGACCAUGGACCAUGCAGUUUGGGCGACAAAACGAACGAACUACACAGAGGAAAAAGGUGUUCCUUGAGCCAAUUGGAGAAUGGAUGUAUUUCAAAGGAGAUAGAGUGGAGAUCUUGGUGGGGAGGGACAAGGGCAAGCAAGGCAUUGUGUCACAAGUGAUACAGGAGAGGAACUGGGUCAUUGUGGAGGGGCUGAACACACAUUUACGUGUUGUAGGCAAAGACAAGUCAUUCCCCGGCAUCACUGUGCAGUCCGAAGCACCCUUGCUAGUCACCACAGGAGUCAAAUUGGUGGAUCCUGAGACACUGAAAGCCACUGAUGUGGAGUGGAGGUACACUGAGGAAGGUGAAAAGGUGCGUGUGUCUACGAACAGCGGGCGCAUCAUACCCAUACCCAAGGCGGCGCAGGAGACGGUGGACUACAAGAGCAGGGAGCUGUACAUGGAGAACCCUGACAAGGACACCACUGCUGCUGUUGCUAACAAGAUAACUUUCGCGCCAAAGCUUCAAACAUUUGAGAUGGACAUCAUGGAGUCUAUGGGGAUCAAAGAAGAUAGAACUCCGGCCACCACAUACUGGUAUUAAUGAUAUUAUAUUGUAUAAGAUUUGGAAUAUAGAAAUAGGUGUUAAUAAAUUAUAUUAGUGAAUUAUUACAA